AUGCGUGUGUUCCGUGAUCCGGAUGAGUUACAGCGAGAGGUACUCUCACUACGCGCACAAGGGAGGCGUAUUGCACUUGUUCCUACGAUGGGAAAUCUGCAUGCCGGUCACAUUUCUCUUGUCUCUGCGGCACUGAAUAGUGCUGAUAUUGUUAUUGUUUCAAUCUUUGUGAACCCCACGCAAUUCGGCGCCGGUGAGGACUUUAAAAAGUACCCGCGUACUUUUGAGGAUGAUGUUGCAAUGGUGUCUGCUGUUGCUCCUGAUGCAUUCAUAUUUUGGCCGGAGGCGUCUACAAUGUACGCAACAGACUCCUCCGUGUGGGUGGAUGAGACGGUGCUGUCAACAGUUCUCUGCGGCAAAUCUAGACCGGGUCAUUUUAGAGGUGUAUGUACUGUUGUAACGAAACUCUUUCACAUUACGUUGCCUGAUAUCGCUUACUUUGGACAGAAGGAUGCACAGCAAGCGCUUAUCAUCCGUCGCAUGGUGAGGGAUCUUAAUUUUCCUAUUAAGAUUGUGGUAACACCAACAGUUCGGGAGACCGAUGGACUUGCGAUGAGUUCGAGGAAUCGUUUUCUUUCAGAAGGUGAUCGUAAAAAAGCUUCAGGACUUUAUGCUGCACUUGCGGCGGCAGAGGCUCGGGUGCUUGCUGACCGCACGGUGAAAGCAAGUGUGAUACGGGACGAAAUCUAUGCUGUGAUAGACUCCCUUGGUGGAAAGGUAGAUUACGUUGAGGUGCUUUCUGGUGAUACCUUGCAGCCGGUAGUAGAUUGCACUGGAACGAUUCUCAUUGCGGUAGCAUAUGCAUUUGGAUCUACCCGAUUAUUAGACAAUGUUCUUAUUGAAUAA